AUGGGACACAGCAUCCUUUCGCCGUGGUACUGGCUUCUCAAGCUCGCCGCGACCUUCUUCCGCGGCACGGUCUACCUUCGUCGUGGCACAGAGCGGUAUCUGCGCAACCGGCCACUUCCGUCGUCCAUCACGCGCGAGGUGUUGCGCGUUCCAUCGCGGGACAAGGGCCGAUCGAUCGGUGUCGACCUCUACCGGCCCGCUGGUGGUGCUGCGUCAUCGACUUUGCCCGUGAUUGUCAACUGGCACGGCAGCGGCUAUCUCAUCCCAAGCUGGGGCGAGGACCGCGAAUACAUCGUUCAGGCGGUCAAGGCGCUCGGCUGCAUCGUGCUAGACUGCGACUACCGUAAAGGCCCUGAAUAUCCCUAUCCCUCUGGUCACAACGAUGCAGAGGACGUGGUCAAGUGGGUGCUCUCGCAAAGCGAUCGAUUCGAUGUGACCAAGGUGGCUCUGUCCGGGUUCAGUGCUGGUGCAGCCCUGGCUCUCACGUCGGGAAACAAGUUUGGUCCGCAGAGGAUCAGCGCCGUAUCGUGCCUCUACCCACCCGUCGACGUCGCACCCACCCCGCCCGAGCGCCCCACACCCUACCAGCCGAGGAGCGGCAUCCAUCUCAAACCCGCAAUCGUCGGUCUGUUCAACAGCAGCUACGUGCCCAUCCUCUCCACUCGCCAGGAACCCAAGUUCAGAAUCCGAGGCCUCGACACGAGUCGCUUCCCCAACAGACUCUUCAUCGCUUGUGGCGACGUCGACCUUCUCCACAACACAGCGCACAAGUACUUCGAAGAGGUCAAGCACACCGAGAAGGACAAGAGGAUCACCUGGGUCAGCGUCGAGAGGGAAGAGCACGCGUGGGACAAGAUGCCUGUGACGCCCGAGUCGGUGAAGGCGCGCGACGAUGUGUAUCGUGGCAUGUUUGACAAUAUCCGGGCCUCGUGGAGCGGUUGA